AAAGGAAAGAAAGAAGUGAAAACUUCAAAACAGUGCUAGAUUGGGAGAAAGUAAUUUGGAGAAAUUAUUGGGAAAGUGGUUCUGCUGUUACACAGGCAGUAAGUCGUCAGGGAUUCCCAAGCACGUUUGGUUAUGGGUGGUCAUUUCCAUGGUCUGAGGAAACUCUGCAAAGGUGUUAGGUAACAACGAGAGGCCUCAAUUUCCCAAGCGCAGCUCAGUGAAACACGUUCCCAGCAAUGGCUGGGCCAGCUAGAUCUGGAUACGAGAGAUUUCUUCAGUCAAUGAACCAGCAAAGGCGAUGCUACCUCAAGCGUAUCGCCUAGCCCCCAUGAGCCUUCUCCGCCCCAGCCCUCGAGCAAAAUUCACCCCAAACUCUCUAUCCACCUUUGCUUUGCGAAAUCCGGCGCUUAGAGCCUCGCACGAGCCCCGGGGCGCUGAUGAGACGAAGGAGCCCGGCCGUGCGGCGGGGCCCCCCGCGAGGACCACCGCGGAGCCCCGACGUGCCCACCCCGCUCCCCCCGGGCACGGUCCCGCCGCCCCCCCUGCACGGGGGCCCUGCCUCCUGCCUCCUGCCGUCCCCACGCCCUCGGGACGAGCGCUGCCAGCUCGCUUUCUGCAUCACCUCCACUCGCCGGGACGCCGCGUCCCCGACGGCGGCGGGGGGGGCGGGGGGGGGACACGCCGUUCCCUGGGCCCUACCUGGCCGGGGCAGGGCUGCUGGCUCCGAAAUGGGGGCGCCGGGGGGAUCCUGCGAGCACAGCGGGGUCCCGGCGACAUCACCUCGCCGCCCGACGGCGCCGCCAAGGGUGGGUCUGUGAAGACGGGGAAGAUGCCACAAGGGGAGAAGACAAGGCAGUGCAAGCAGGAAGUGGAGCAGCAGCACAAAGAAGAUGAGCGGGAGGGCCUCAUCGAGUUCUAUGGCUCCUACCAGGAGCUCUUCCAGUUCUUCUGCAGCAACACAACCAUCCAUGGAGCUAUCCGCCUGGUGUGCUCCAAAAAGAAUAAGAUGAAGACAGCCUUCUGGUCUGUUCUCUUCUUUCUCACCUUCGGCUUGAUGUACUGGCAGUUUGGGAUCCUCUACAGGGAGUACUUCAGCUACCCUGUCAACCUCAACCUCAAUCUUAACUCCGACAGGCUGACUUUCCCUGCUGUGACUCUUUGCACCCUCAAUCCAUACAGAUACAGUGCCAUCCGGAAGAAGCUGGAUGAGCUGGACCAAAUCACCCACCAAACACUGCUGGACCUUUAUGACUACAAUAUGUCUCUGGCACGGAGUGACUGGUCAACGGUGUCCACACGAAAGCGCACCUCAAGGAGCCUGCUCCAUCACGUUCAGCGCCACCCGCUGAGAAGGCAGAAGCGUGAUAACUUGGUCAGCUUCCCAGAGAACAGCCCCUCAGUGGACAAGAAUGACUGGAAAAUUGGCUUUAUUCUGUGCAGUGAAAACAACAAGGAUUGUUUCCAUCAGGUGUACUCCUCAGGGGUGGAUGCAGUGCGGGAAUGGUACAGCUUUCACUACAUCAACAUCCUGGCGCAGGUGCCUGAUGCGAAAGCCCUGGAUGAGUCUGACUUCGAGAAUUUUAUUUAUGCUUGCCGCUUCAAUGAAGCAACAUGUGACAAGGCGAAUUAUACCCACUUUCACCAUCCCUUGUAUGGGAACUGCUACACCUUCAAUGACAACAGCAGCAGCCUGUGGACAUCCUCUCUGCCUGGGAUCAAUAACGGUCUCUCUCUGGUGGUGCGCACCGAGCAGAACGAUUUCAUCCCUCUGCUGUCCACAGUGACAGGAGCCAGGGUCAUGGUCCAUGAUCAGAAUGAGCCAGCCUUCAUGGAUGAUGGGGGUUUCAAUGUGCGUCCCGGCAUUGAGACCUCCAUCAGCAUGAGAAAGGAGAUGACUGUGCGUCUCGGGGGCAGUUACAGCGAUUGCACAGAGGAUGGCAGUGAUGUGCCAGUGCAAAACCUGUACUCAUCCCGCUACACUGAGCAGGUCUGCAUUCGUUCCUGCUUUCAGCUCAACAUGGUAAACCGCUGUAGCUGUGCAUAUUAUUUCUAUCCCUUACCCGCUGGAGCAGAAUAUUGUGACUACACUAAGCACGUAGCUUGGGGCUACUGCUAUUACAAACUCCUGGCUGAAUUCAAAGCUGAUGUGCUGGGCUGCUUCCACAAAUGUCGGAAGCCUUGCAAAAUGACAGAAUACCAGCUCUCAGCUGGAUACUCUCGCUGGCCUUCUGCUGUCUCAGAGGAUUGGGUUUUUUACAUGCUUUCACAACAGAACAAAUACAAUAUCACAUCCAAGAGGAAUGGAGUUGCCAAAGUGAAUAUCUUUUUUGAGGAAUGGAACUACAAGACCAAUGGGGAGUCACCAGCCUUCACGGUAGUAACUCUGUUGUCCCAGCUGGGGAAUCAGUGGAGUCUCUGGUUUGGAUCCUCUGUCCUGUCCGUGAUGGAGCUUGCAGAGCUGAUUCUGGAUUUCAUUGCCAUCACCUUUAUCCUGUCCUUCCGCUGGUUCCGCUCAUGGAAGCAGCACUCCCCCCCAGCACCCCCUCCAAACAGCCACAACAACGCUGCCUUCCAAGACGAGGCAUCGGGACUCAGUGCUCCACAUCGCUUCACCGUUGAGGCUGUAGUAACCAUGCUGCCAUCUUACAACAGCCUGGAACCACAUGGUCCCAGCAGGGAUGGUGAGGUGGGACGUGAGUAAGGCAGUGGCUUAUUCCACAGUUCAGAUAGGUGGCAAUCAGACCAGAGGCUGCAGUCGCUCCGUGGGACCUUUCUUUCUCUUUGGGAUGCUCUGCCUGGAUCAUAGCAGAGGACUGCACUGUGGUUGGCCUAUGUUAAUUGCUUUCACUAUUGUACAAUAAUUCUUCAGUCUCACAAAAUACUAUUGCUCUGCGGAUCACCAGGGAUGACAGUCAACCUAGUGUUUGCAUGGGGGAGAUGUCAAUUUGGUUUACUUACAAUCGUCCUGUGUGCACACCUACACGUGCAUGCGUGCUUUCUUUUCUCUGCAACAAGGAUGCUGCCACAGCUCUCAUCUGUUGUUAAUUAAAAGAGGUUUAGCACA